ACAAAGAAGGAGUAAAAUUCCACAGGCAGAGAGAGGCUUAACGAAGCAUACCAUAAUGAAGAAACAAACUCUUAUUGUGACGUGUCUGAUCAUGGCUAUCAGUUUACGUUACACUGUUCUCGGCCUCUGUCCCAUUCGCUGUCAGUGUAACGAAGAAAGAUUGGUAGUAAUAUGUGACGGAGCUGGCCUAGAUGUAGUCCCUAUAACUCUUAACCCUGAUCUUCGAGAACUACACCUCAGUAAAAACAGCAUUAAAGGCAUCAUGGCAGCGUUUAGCGUCUACCACAACUUGGAAUACUUAGAUAUGACUAACAACCAACUAGUUGCUCUUGGCCGUAAGAAUUUUCAGCUUCAAGAAAAGCUUCAUAUUCUUCUACUGGGGCACAACAUGAUUUCAUCUUUGCAUCGUUCUACAUUUGAUGGACUGAGCGGCCUUCAAAUUUUGAAAAUUGCUGGAAAUUUCAUUCGCGAGCUUCCUGACGGCGUUUUUACUGAGCUUGUAAGCUUGGAGGUAUUGGACCUAUCUGAGAAUAGCAUAGAUACCAUUUCUAGAGACGCUUUUAUGGGAUUAGAAAGUCUAAAAAUCCUUUUACUCAAAGACAAUAAACUUGGGCAUGUUCCUACGUCCUCAUUUAGUACUAUCUCUCAUGUGCUAAGCAUAGAUUUAGGCUUAAACAAUUUCCCAAUUUUACCAGACAACGGUUUUUUCAACCUCGUCAGCCUGGAAAAGUUGAAGUUAGACAGCUGUGGAAUUCGAGAAAUUCAAAGAAAUGCUUUCAAAGGAUUGGAGAACUUGAUAUAUCUUCUUCUUCAAGAUAAUUUGCUGGACUCUAUCCCAACAAAGGCGUUCCCAUACCUUAAGAAAUUACUGGAACUCAGUAUAGGGCAAAACAACAUGAAAACUAUCCAGUCAAAAAGCUUCGAAGGUCUAAUUAAUAUGCAGACCAUUACCAUUAACAGCGCUCCCUAUCUUGAAAGAAUAGAAAGUGAAGCUUUCGUACCUAAUGCUAGACUGCAACAUGUUAUUCUUAAUCACAACAAAAAGCUUAAAUAUAUUGACAGAAACGCCUUUACUUCACUAACUUUGUUGCGUUCUGUAAGUCUCCGAGGAAAUGACUUCCAAACAUUUAUUAAAGAAACUCUACCCUGGAGUGACUUGGAGCGCUUCGAUCUUCGUGACAAUCCAUUAACUUGUAAUUGUAGUCUUUCUUGGCUGCUACACCAGUUGCAAACCCGAAACUACUCGGAUGCUUUUGAUGUGGAUUUCACCCAUAUUCGUUGUGAAAACCCGCCUGUACUUCGUGACCUCACGCUGAAAGGCUUGACAAUUGACGACCUUGGUUGUCACGAGCACCAAACUCAAAAGAUUCUUACUUGGACAUUCGCUGCAAUUGGCGUUCUUCUUGUCGCUACGCUUGUCGUGGUGUUGUGGUACCGUCAGAGGUUUGCGAACGAUUUGAAAAUUAAAUGUAAUACUUCAAUCCCAGAAUCUCAUCGAUAUCGACUGGAUAAUCAUUUGAGGGGAGCAAGUUCGCCAGAGCAGGAGUGGGUGGUGAAAAUAGGAAGGGAUCCUUUCCCUGGAAGGCUUGUGUAGAAAUCGUUAAUGCGUAGUUUACACGUAAUAAAACCGUUCCAUUCUUUAUUGUAUAAUAUAUAUUCGUUGUAAAUUCAGCCAAGUUAGUUGUUAUCGCUACGCUUCUAGUUCUAUGUACAUUUGUUCACGACGUGUCAACAUGUGAGCUGAGGUACUCUGUAAUAAUGACUAUGUGUGAAACAAUUACGUAUCAAGAAAUAUCACUAAUAACGUACUUAUUGUAAAAGUAGCCAGAUGCAUUCCGAAGACGGCGAAUUAUGAUCGUGUUUUGCAGAAGUGAGAAGAACACGUACGAGUCCAAACACAGAAUUUCCACCUUUUCCUACAUUGUGUUUUGGUUAAUUUGUUAAUUUUCUUCAAACGAAUGUCUGUAACAAACCAUUUUAUUCACUAAACACGCUUCUCAUUUUCAAAUUCGUGAAAAUGUAAACAGAAGAAAAUAUACAAAGAAUCCUCAUCUUAAUGUUACAAGAAAUAUUUAAGUCGUAUAGUAUUCGGCAUAAUUAAAUAUUUGCAAACAGUUGGCUCUAAGCAAAAGUUUAGACAUUUUCGUAAUACCUACAAGCUUUCCAAAGAUACAAACUUCUGUAAUAAUAGCUAUUAUUGUUGUUUCAAAGUGAUGCUUUAAACACCAAAUAUUUGACGCAUCAGGUAUGUGCUCACAAAAAUCAACAGCUGAAAAUAAUGAUAUAUUUUUACCUUUAAAACAGUCCUUUAACGGUUUAGAGGAUUGAAACUUUCGUUAUACUAUUACAUUUACUUAGCCUUACGCUUGUUACAUUGCAUUUAAGCUCUGAAUGAAUGUAUUCAUAUCACAAAACCCGGUUCAUUUCAAAUCAACAGAUCGGCACUACAACAACCCAGUCACUCCGUAUCUAUUAAAAUAUUAAACUUUUUAAAAGUUAUUUACUAAACAUACAUGAAAAGUACUUUGUGAUGAAAAUAAUUUCUGGUCUAUUAUUAUGUCAGCUUUAACUUUGAUUUGGUAAGCACUUAACCUUUACUCAUAAAAUAUAUAUACAGUAUCGUACAAAAGUAUUCACCCCCUACCAAUAAUGUCAAUUUUGAUGAA